AUGCAUGAGGGUCAGUCAAGCAAUCAUGUAUCCCAAUGUCCUAAGUGCAACAAGUUUCACAAAGGAGAAUGUCUAUAUGGAAAGUAUGUCUGCUAUAAGUGUGGUCCACCUGACCAUGUGGCUUCUUCGUGCCCAUCAAUUAAGAAACCCGAACAAGAAAAAAAGGGAAAAGCAAGGGUGUUUGCUUUGAUUCACGAUGAGGCUGCCAAAAAUUUGGACAUGAUUGUCGGUAUUUUAUCCGUUUCUAAUGUUCCUGUUUACGUCCUGAUUGAUUCUGGUGCAACACAUUCGUUCAUAUCUAAUGCAUGUCUAGCUAAGAUUAAUGCUUCAUGUCAGAAGAAUGCUAGUGUACUAGAAGUGAGUAUGCCAUCAAGUGGAACUAUUGAUACGGAUAGGAUAGCAAAAGGGGUACAGAUAGAUUUUGAUGGACUGACUUUAGAGGCUGACUUGUAUGUUAUAUAG